UAAGUAUUUAGUCGGUCAUAGAAAGUAAAAUAGAACAUUUCUACACACGUCGUUUAAACACUACAAUGUUUACUGAAUCAAAACAAGAAGUUUAUACGGAUGAAGAACUYAUUGCAAAAGUCGGCGCUGACAAUGUCGAUAUCAUCAAAGAAUGGUUAUCAAAGCAACCCCAUUUACCAAAAAUAUCAGGUACUAUGAACGCGUUAGACACAAUACGACUUGUGUUUGCAAUGUUUGAUGUAAGCAUCGAUGAGGAUCCACUGGCGCCGGAAUGGAAAUUUGUGAUGGAUAUGACUGGAUUCUCAAUGGGUCAUUUGACUAAGCUCACCAAUUUGUCUCUAAUGAAAAAAUGCAUGACCUACGUGCAAAUAGCUCUGCCAAUGCGCUUAACAGCCGUCCACUUGAUAAACGCUCCACCACUGGCUAACCAAUUGAUGAUGUUUUUAAAGCCAUUAAUGUACAAACAUUUAUAUUCGAUGAUUUCAGUACACCCAGCAAAUGAUAUGGACAGUGUUUACAAAUUUAUACCAAAAGAAUACUUUGCCAGCGAUUUGGGUGGAAAAGCUCCUUCAUUUGAAGCCAGAAAAGGAGAAACAGAGAGUAAUUUUGAGGUAUACAAGAUUUUUUUUGAAAACGACGAUAAAUUCAACCAUGUAGACGAGAACAAGCGAAUUGAUAAAGAUAAUCGAUUUAAUUCAACAAGCUAUGGGCUCGAAGGAUCGUUUAAAAAACUAGAACUGGACUAAACUCCAGUUUUUUUUAUACAUAUAUUUAUUAUAUUGUAAUUUUACUGUAUAAUAUUAUAAAAAUAUACCAA